CUAACCGAGACGCGCGGCAGGGAUCGCGGGAGACGAUGACGGACGAUAGGAGCAAGGAGCGGAGAGAGCGAGAGCAUCUGUCAUGGCCGACGCUCGGUUGGCGAGCGUAGCUACGGUCAGGUCGGAUCGCAUCAGCGAGCGGUGGUGUACGGCAGUACGUUGUCAUCCUCCCAAGAGAGCGACCGAGAGAGGCCGGAGCGAGAACAGGGAGGCACGAUAAUGGGUAAUAAUGGGCAGACGAGCGGGCGCCGAUGCGAGGAUAGACGCUACUACUAGCGAGCUCGAGGUGCUCGUCGCGUUGGAAGAGGAGGAGGAGGAGGAGGAGAAGGCGGCGGAGGCGAAGGAGGUAAACUUAUGCGACGGCGGGUCCGCGACGACGACGGUGAUGAUGGAGUCGCGGCAUCCGCGUAGGGCCCGCUUGCGUCGCGUCGUCGGGGUAUGUCUGUUUCUGACGCUAACCGGGAUCGUCUACCUGGGCUACUUCUGCCCGGAUCACGUUUGCGCCCUGACCAAUCGCGAGAUCAAGGAAUCCGUCAGGGUGUCCGAGAGCCUGUCCAUCCCCGUAGGCUCCGCCGCUCUGUCUUCCGUGUCCAUCGAGGUUGACAGGAAUGGCAUACUCUCGGCACAUCCCGCCUUCAAGCUGCAGAGCAUCCAGGGCAGUCUAGGCUACGAUGAUGUUUUCGCCAAUGACACUUUCCAGUUUGAUAUCAAUGCUCACGAUGUCAUGGUUUUUUUGCAUAUACAGAAAACUGGUGGGACAUUAUUUGGAAAACAUCUGGUGCGAGACCUAGAAUUACAAAAACCGUGUUUGUGUCAACGACGACGAAAGCGUUGCUCCUGUUACCGUCCAAAUCGUCCAAACGAAAACUGGUUAUUUUCACGAUAUUCAACUGGCUGGAAAUGCGGUCUACACGCGGAUUGGACCGAAUUGACGAAUUGUGUAGACACAGAGCUCAAUAAAGUUGAAGGGGAAGGCAUCAAACGCCGUUACUUUUACCUAACUAUCAUAAGAGAUCCCGUCGCGAGAUAUCUCUCCGAAUUCAAACACGUGCAAAGGGGUGCUACAUGGAGAGGUGCUCGUCAUUGGUGUGGAGGUACUCAAGCAAAUAUACCCCAAUGUUAUAACGGCUCCAGUUGGAAAAAUGUCACUUUAGAACAGUUUAUGGCGUGUCCUUACAAUUUGGCGAGUAAUCGUCAAACUAGAAUGCUGGCAGAUCUAUCAAUAGUUGGCUGUUAUAAUUCUACUCUUAGCAACACUGACAGAGAUCGUUUAAUGUUGGCCAGUGCUAAGCACAAUCUGCAAUACAUGCCUUUCUUCAUGUUGACUGAGUAUCAGAAGGUGGGACAGUAUACCUUUGAAGAAACGUUUAAGAUGCGAUUUGCGGUUGCCUUUGAACAGCAUAAUGCUACACUUAGUGCAGCUACUAUGGCAACCCUUAGCUUAGAACAAUUGGAGACUGUACGUAAACUCAACAGCCUGGAUUUGGAACUCUACGAAUUUGCAAAGAAUCUCGCCUUUCAAAGAUUUAAACGGCUUAGAGAUCGUGAUCCACAUUUCGUACAACGAUUCCAACAUCUUGGUGAAUUAUCAUCAAGGCAAAGUGUCACAGAAUUUAAUUGGGAUUCCGUCAUUGAAGAUACUACAGAGUGAUAAGUAUGUAAGUACAUUAAUAAGCAAUCUUUUUCGACGUUAACCAUUACUCUGGAUUUGAGUAUCUUAGAGAAAUGCUCUUGAAACAGAAUUGUUUCUGUAUAAAUCGUAGCUAUCUGCGUAAAAUUUACCAAAAGCACAUGAAAAUGUACUUGGACGAGACCAAAGAAAAAUCCGAGAACUUUGUGAUGAACCAGGCUAUUUUAUCAGCAGCUAAAAGUGCAAAAGUUAAUAUUCGCAAUGUAAUAUUUGCAAAAAUUUUUUAUGAUCCAUAAAAUAAUCGUACACUCUAUGAGGGUUCUUCCACAUAAGUUCAUAUCUUUAAUUAUAAUUUUAAUAAAACUGUAAAUUUUUUAUAAGAUUUACAUGCAAACUUAAUUAUUGCCAUAUGCGCCAAAUAAUUUUUCUCAAAUUUGAG